UUUUCGUAUGGAUCUCCGCCAGUUGAAAGUUCACAGUUCAGCGUUGGACUGUUUACAGGUUUAGGAGAAAAGUGGACAUUAUUUUGAACUUAGUCAGCAAAAUUGAGAUACUUUGUAUCGAUGUUUGCUUUUGUAGGCCAGUUCAUUUAUUGAAAUUUAAUAGACACGGAAACAGUUGGAGGAAUAGCAGCAGAAAACAGGAAAAUAUAUCUAACUUUCAGCAUGGAUUCGACGAUGUCAGCUCUAAAUCGAAUGUCACAAUCCCUGAAAAAUCCGGCAAAAGCGAAGAAGUUGAAGCAUAAAAAACUUGAUGAAGAUUGGUUUGACAAUCAGGAACCAAUAAAGGAUGGGAUGAUGUUCAGCGCAAAAUAUCUUGGUCUAACGAUCGUUACUGAACCCAAAGGAGAGGAUGUUUCCUCUGUUGCCGUACAAAGGAUUAUUAAUACUGCAAAAGGCAAGAAAAGACCAGUACAAUUACUGGUUUCACCAAAUGGAAUCAAAAUCUAUGAUUUAACUUCACUCCAAUUGAUCAAUGAUGUUUCUAUAAGCAGAAUAUCUUUCUGUGCAGCUCUGAAACAACACCUAAAAAUCUUUGCUUUCGUUGCUCAAAAUGCUGAAAACGAGAUGAUGGAAUGUCAUGCGUAUUUAUGCAAUACAGUUAAAGAGGCCCAAUCUCUCACAGUUACAGUCGCACAGUCAUUCAAGAUAGCUUUUGAAAUGAGCGCUGAAGAAUCUACGGCCGAUGAUAAUACGGACAAUAGCAACGUGGAGAACGAAGAACCAGAUUCGGAUCUGAGAGUCAUAAGUAACGGAGAAAAAAACGGAAAAAAGACAGCACAACUGAUCAUUCCAAAUGUCAUGGAAAAGAGAUAUCAAAGAUUGUCAUCUGGUUCCAAUCCUUUCGAUACUUCAGAACAUGAAGUACCUGAAGUCCACACACCCGAGGGCAAGAAGAUUCUAAAGAGAGGAGAGAAACAAGGAGAAACAAACAGAAUUGAGGAUGCUGAAAAUAAUAUCUUCAUAUUUUCUUCGUCUCCUAAUUCAAAGACAUCGCAACCUUUGACCCCAAAGUCUAACCAACCAAUCACACCAAUACGUCCUCCACCAGCAAACACAAGACAAACUGAUAAACAAUCAACUCGAAGAUCAGUUCCAAGGCCGACAUCGUUUGGAAGUUUACCAAACUGUACCAUUCUUCAUCAGUCGGUCACGACUCCUUCACCAAAUCAGUCAACACCAGAUAUAGAAGACUGGGACCAAGGAUUUGCUGAUCUUGCCUUGUCCAGAACACAAGAUAAGCAACGAUCAGUUUCAGAAUUAAAGUCUCCAAAACAGGAACCCACGGAUCAACUGAGUUCUUCAUUUCCAGCUUCAAACCCUUUCUUCAGUCCGUUUAACCCAUUUAAUUAAAAGAAACAUCUGAUGGUGAAGAACAGUAGUAGUUCCCAAACUGCAACUCUUGUAACGAGUUAAUAUGGCUUGCCGGACUUAAGUGUUCUUAACUAGUUUAAUAACACUUUAUGUUUUUAUAUUUUUGUGUGUAUAAUUGUCACAUCAUUAUCACAGUAUUAAGCACGUGUAACAAUUCAAUUAUACCGAUAUCUUAUUUAUACGGACCGGUGUUGGACGCUUGUGGGUGCUAUCCUCUCCUGGCCCGCAAAUAUCUUUCCGCUUCUAAUUUUGGCCUCCGAUUAAUCAACUUUGGGAACCACUGUUAUAGAAGAAACGUUACAGAAACAAACUUGUGAGCACCCUGUUUAAUUACAGAGAGACUGCGCAGAAAUGACAUGUUACAAAAAUUGUGAAACUGCCCAAUUGCGGGUAAUUAUUGCAUUUAUUAGUGAUGUUAAUUCAAAUGUGUUUGAUAUAGUCAAUGUUGUUUAAAUUUGCAUUCAUUCGCUACAGCAUGAAUGAGUUACAAAUAAAUAUUUAACCAAAUGCGGGUUGAAAAACCUUAAUAUCAUAGUACAAAUGGAUUAUACCUAUUAUAUUGUGUGUAUUUUCACAAACUUAUCUUAAAGAACUGACCUCCACGGAACAAUUAUCAUUAAAUACGCCAAUGAGGUAAAUUUUAGAAUUAGUAAUAAUUUGUUUUAGUAUGUUCUUCCCAAGAUCUUCAUACCGAAGGUUCUAAUACAUUUUCCUUGUUUCAAUUUUUUAAGUCUUACAGAAAUUAGUUUAAAAGUGCUAUCCAGUGUUCCCACUAAGGAAAUUUCCUUUGCGCACCUUAGAAGGAAUCUUGGUGCUAUCUAUACAUUUUUGGUGCUAUAAUUUUUCUUCUACUUGAAGAAAUGCCAAA